AUGAGAGCUCAUAUCACGCUGGAUGUGUUUAGUGUUGUCCCAUUGUACCAGGCCAUGCUGCCUUUUUUGGAGAAGUCUGCGGACCUGGUGGGUUACUAUUGGCACUGGGACUGGGUUCUUAGGGAUGUGUGGAUUACAAAGAAUCCAAAAUUCGAGAAAAUCGCAGUCCAUAAUCGGGAAGGUAUCAUCCCUGCCGAUGUCAUCGAAAUCAGGUAA